CAUCUUCUUUUUCAAGAUUAUCUUACUUUAUGAUUUCUAUGCUGCAUUUCGUUAAACCGAUUACCGUGGUCAACUGAGCAUUAAACUUCCCAAGACGAUCAAGAACGAAACCUUCUCCAAAUUUACUAGUCGUUCUUUUUCUAUAUUUCUGGUCAAUAUGGAUCGUCGACACCGAGUGUAUCGUGUGUUUAAUCAAGAGAUGUAUGUUGAACCAAACUUUAAGGUUGUUAAAGAGUUAGGUCAAGGUGCAUACGGAAUUGUUUGUGCUGCUCGAAAUGUAGCAAGUAAAGACCAGGAGGCAGUUGCCAUAAAGAAGAUCACCAAUGUCUUUUCUAAACCUAUUUUAACAAAGCGUGCUCUUCGCGAAAUCAAGUUAUUGAUUCAUAUGCGGAAUCAUCGAAACAUUACUUGCAUUUAUGACUUGGACAUCAUCAACCCGUAUAACUUUAACGAAGUCUAUAUUUACGAGGAAUUGAUGGAAGCUGAUUUAAAUGCUAUCAUUAAGUCCGGGCAACCUUUGACAGAUGCCCAUUUUCAGUCUUUUAUCUACCAAAUUCUUUGCGGCUUAAAAUACAUUCAUUCGGCAAAUGUAAUUCACCGUGAUUUAAAACCGGGUAAUUUGUUAGUUAAUGCAGAUUGUGAACUUAAGAUCUGCGACUUUGGUUUAGCUCGUGGUUGUACUGAAAACGCCGAUGAAAAUCUUGGGUUUAUGACCGAGUACGUAGCUACAAGAUGGUACAGAGCCCCAGAGAUUAUGCUCUCUUUUAGCAGUUAUCACAAAGGUGUGGACGUUUGGAGUGUAGGAUGCAUUUUGGCUGAGCUAUUAGGUGGUACCCCAUUAUUUAAAGGGAAAGACUAUGUUCAUCAGCUCAAUUUAAUUUUACAUCAACUCGGAACGCCUGAUAACGAAACACUUUCGCAUAUAAGCAGUUCCCGUGCUCGCGAUUAUGUGAAAAGCCUUCCUAAACAAAAACCGAUUCCUUUUCAAGUUAAUUUCCCUAGAGCAAACCCUCUUGCUCUUGAUUUACUUUCGAAACUCUUGGAGUUUGAUCCUCAGAGACGUAUAUCCGUUGAAGAGGCUUUGGAACAUCCCUAUUUAGCUGUUUGGCACGAUCCAACAGAUGAACCUGUAUGUGAUUCCAUAUUUGAUUUUAGCUUUGAAUCCCUUGAAGAUAUUAAAGAUUUGAAACGAGAAAUCUUGGACGAAGUUUUGAAAUUCCGCCAUAAGGUACGUCGUCGUGCUCCCUUGCAGCCGCAUCCAACUAUUUCUGUUCCUCAAUCUACUCAAAAUAUUGUUUAUGGAAACCCUUUUACCAAUCAUAUGCAGGGCACCUACCAGCAGCCUAAUGUCGGCAAAGAUGGUAACCCAGCCUAUUUGAAUGAGAUGAUGGCCGCUCAACAUCAACCCACUUAUCGUGGAGUUCCUCCAAGGAAGUAAUAUGUUAUAAACGUUCAUCUGAUGUUCCUCAGAAUUGCAUAUUGGUUUUAUUUCCGGCUUCUCUUCUUUGCACCGUUCUUUUCUUUUUUACGCCCCCCAGUACUGUCCCUCCUAGUCCGUGUAGUUGCAUUUACGCUCAUUGCAUAGCAUUUUCAUUCCACGGUUGCAUCAUCAUCUACGACUUUAUAUUUACUUUUUCGCAUGUUUAAUUAACUUUCCCUUGUAGGACAUGCAAGGAAAGGAUUCAAUACAUUCAGUUACAGGAUAUUUGCAUAAAUAAUAGUAGAUACAAACACAAAACAUGUAUAAAAUGACUGACUCAUUCA